UGCCUCGCGUUCCUCCAUCCCCUCACACCGCCGCUGUCCCGCCGUGCCCCGCGCGGUGCCGCUCUUUCUUUCUCCGCCGCUGUCCCGCCGUGCCCGUCGCAGCCAUGGCGUACCGCGGGCAGGGCCAGAAGGUGCAGAAGGUGAUGGUGCAGCCCAUCAACCUGAUCUUCCGCUACCUGCAGAACAGAUCCCGGAUCCAGGUGUGGCUCUACGAGCAGGUGAACAUGAGGAUCGAGGGCUGCAUCAUCGGCUUUGAUGAGUACAUGAACCUGGUGCUGGACGACGCUGAGGAAAUUCACUCCAAAACCAAAUCCAGGAAGCAGCUGGGUCGGAUCAUGCUGAAGGGGGACAACAUCACCCUCCUGCAGAGCGUCUCCAGCUAGGGGCAGGCUGCUCCCGCUGGGAAAUGGGAUCGGGAGCUCUGGAAAACCGGGAUGAGCCUCGGGGGGAAUCCCUGAGCUCUUCUGGGAAUUGUGUUUUGUAGUUUGGGGUUUGCUUGGGGGAAUAAAAUGGGGUUUGUAACAAAA